AUCUGGAAGAUUUUGUCAGCGGGCCCAGCCACGAAGUCAAAAAGGAGCAACGAAUAUUGGGCAAACGAACUCGUUCUGAGGCAUCGUGAAGUCGGAAAGAGCAGGCCUUUAUAUAUCUGAAAGACCUCAACAGCAACACUCUCUCCGUGGAUCUUCACAUCAGAAAAAAGUUGAGGUUGGUUAUCGCGAAAACUAGCGAAAUCACAUGAUUAUUACAUAAGCUACAAAUACAUGUGACUUGUACGGUAACCGCAGCGGCUAUUUGCGACAUCCCGAUUUUGAUUUUCUCCAACUUCAUUUGGAGUAGACAAGCAAUAUACCGCCAUCUUGAAGGAGGCGGACGCUCCGUAGCAAUUGACGGAUGAUCAGGCCUUACACCCGUCGUAUUAUUAGGAGACAUCUGCACAAUACCACAGCAGCCAUGUUCGCGAGAUCUACCUUCCGCACCGCCCUCGACAUCCGGUGGAUGCCCUCCAUCAUCCCGUCGACUCGAGCAGCAUGCAUGCAUCAAGCCUCAGCAACUCCCUUCCAUGCAACAGCCCCUGAAAUCCCUCCACAGUCACCCACGAAGGGUUCCAGUGAACAGACUACAUCACAAACCCCCGAGACAGCUGUCCCAUCACAAUCUGAAUUGUCCACACUACAAAGCUCAUCCGCAUCAACAUCAGCAUCGACAACGCCAACCAUCCCACCAAACAAACUCCCGAUUCAACCCACCUUCACAAAGCCCCUAACCCUCACGCCAUCCCUAACCUCUCUUCUCCCACAUCUCACAACACAAACGCCCCACUACAUCACCGCGCACCUCCACGCGCGCCCCUAUCUCCUGACAGAGGGGGACACACUGCGCCUCCCCUUCCUCAUGCCCAACGUGCAAGCCGGCGACAUCCUCCGCUUCAACCGGGCGUCCGUGAUCGGUUCGCGCGACUUCACGCUCAAGGGGGCGCCGUACGUUGACGAGCGACUCUUCGAGUGUCGGGUGAGGGUUAUUGGCACAGAGUCGGAGCCGCUGCGGAUUAAGGAGAAGACCAAGCAGAGGCAGAGACAUGUGAGGCGGGUAAAGAGCAAGCAUAGGUAUACGAUUCUGAGGGUUGUGGAUGUGAAGGUUAAGGGGGUGGAUGAGUUGGUUAGGGAGGGGGCGGAGAUUGUGAGUGAAGAGGUGGAGGGAGAGCAGACGUAGUAGGGGUGAAAACGUCAGAUUUCUUGCAUGCAUAUUUGGGUUAUUUUGCUGGGCGGAGUGGGGGACAGAUCCUUCUUUUCUGUUUGCUUACUGAGUGUAUAUUAUCGCAGGAUGCAAGAGGUUCGGUGCUGUGGGAUUUUGUGGUUCGGCUACCCGACAUUUAGGAACUGUUCAAUCCUUCUCUCUCCCAUGCCUUGGAUAAAAAUUUUGUCAUGUACCAUUAUAUUCCAAUUACACGUCAUGUUUUCUUGUAUGUUCAGAAGAUCCUUGUAAAUGCAGAAGUAUAUAGCAAUGCGACAUUCAAGUUGAGCUGGUCACCCACUGACGUAGUCAGUUAACAGAUUGUCCGCCUUGCGAUGGGAAAGCCAAAGGAAAACUCCAACACUCCAGAAUGGUAAAGGGUAAAUGUUCAUAUCCACGAUGAUGUAUAAAAUAAUGAAAAGGUCUCUAUCGAAAGUUAUAGACUUGUAUGGUAAUGUCAACAAGUAGUCGAGGCGCUGGAAGAGUUGAUCAAACAAGACUCCAAGAAACAGAGAUAAAGCGUGGAAAUAGUGUAUGAAGUACGUGGGUAGUUCUCCCGAAGAAAAGACAACGCUGGAACGCAGCAAAUGGAAUCGAACAAUCAAAAUAUGCCCUAGGCAAGGUAUUAAAUAAUAAAAAGGAAAGGAAAUAUAG